AUGGUGAGUGAUCUCCUUAAUUUUAACCAUGGUGACAUUACGUGGAACUUGGAAUCCAUCUUCGGUGUGGAUGUUUUGAAUUCUUCGGUUCCGACCGCUCCUUCCACCAUCUUAUCCGUAACGGGCACGGUUAUUGGCGAAGAUUUUAGGGACUUGAAAUCGAUUCUUCAAGGGAUUGUGCAGGACAUAUUGGCAACGGACGAUUUCCAUUGGAACCUAACCUCAAAUGGAGAUUUCACGGUGUCUAGUGUUUCGCACUUGGUGUCUAAUGCAAAGGAUCUAGCUUGGCCAACACCCACUAUCAAGUUGUUGGAUGUCAUUUGGAAGACAAACAUUCCGGCAAAGAUCAAGAUUUUUUCUUGGAGAUUCCUCAUCAAUAGACUACCGCUAAAAGUUCAACUUGUCAAUAGAGGUGUGUCUAAUCGUACUUCCAUAGAUUGUCCUUUUUGUUCAAACCAUCCGGAAUCUUUGGAUCAUCUUUUCUACCAAUGCCAUGUCACAAAGGCGGUUUGGAAUAGAAUUUAUAUGUGGUUUGGUAAUGAUGUUAAUCUCUCUCAUGAGGAAUUCAAGGCUUUGGGAGUAUUCAAGAAAAGGUGA